CGCGCAGGCGGCGUUGAACGUCCCCCGCUGCUGCUGCUGUUUCCUCGCUGCCUCCGCCGUUGCUGCUCAUUGUGCAGCCGACGAAACAUCGGUAGCUUCCGACGACGUCGGUAUGAAAUGGCAGAAACUGCCCGUGUCACGGAAGCACAACGAGUAGGAUACGCCGGAGCUACACACAUGUAUCUCUGUGGCCUGUUGGCGUGAGGGAAACGGGACUGGAACCGGAGGAAGAACGGAAAGCGGAGUAAAGUGUCGUUUUACUACAAACAAAUUACAAAAAACAGCGGCCGGGUUGUGUCUCCAGCAGCCGACUGAGACUGCAGCUCGACACUGGUGGAAUUAACCGGAGAGGGGUUGAGAGAGGAGGAGAGCUCCACUUGGAUGCCCUGACACCGCGUCUGUCCAAGGCUUCACCAUGAACCGGAACAAGCGUGAAAAGGAGUACUACAGUAUAGAUGUGGGCGAUUCGACGUUCAUGGUUUUAAAGCGCUACCAGAACCUCAGACCCAUUGGAUCCGGAGCACAGGGGAUCGUCUGUUCGGCGUAUGACCACAUCUUGGAGAGGAACGUUGCCAUCAAGAAGCUGAGCCGGCCUUUUCAGAAUCAAACCCACGCGAAACGAGCCUACAGAGAACUGGUGCUCAUGAAAUGUGUCAACCACAAGAACAUAAUUGGCUUAUUAAAUGUAUUCACGCCACAGAAGACACUGGAAGAAUUCCAAGAUGUGUAUCUAGUGAUGGAGCUGAUGGAUGCCAACCUCUGCCAGGUGAUUCAGAUGGAGCUCGAUCACGAGAGGCUGUCGUACCUGCUCUACCAGAUGCUCUGUGGAAUCAAACACCUACACGCCGCAGGCAUCAUACACAGGGACCUGAAGCCCAGUAACAUCGUGGUGAAGUCUGACUGUACUCUAAAGAUCCUGGACUUUGGUCUGGCCAGGACGGCCGCCACUGGCCUCCUCAUGACGCCCUACGUGGUCACCCGCUACUAUCGCGCCCCCGAAGUCAUCCUGGGCAUGGGCUACCAGGCCAAUGUGGAUAUUUGGGCUGUGGGCUGCAUUAUGGCAGAAAUGGUUCGCCACAAAAUCCUUUUUCCAGGAAGGGAUUAUAUCGACCAGUGGAACAAGGUCAUCGAGCAGCUGGGGACACCAUCUCAGGAGUUCCUGAUGAAACUCAACCAGUCGGUGCGGAAUUAUGUGGAGAACCGGCCACGGUACACCGGCUACAGCUUCGAGAAGCUCUUCCCCGAUGUCCUGUUUCCUGCAGACUCCGAACACAACAAACUAAAAGCGAGUCAAGCCCGAGACCUGCUGUCCAAGAUGCUGGUAAUUGACGCGUCAAAGCGGAUCUCAGUGGACGAGGCUCUCCAGCACUCCUACAUCAACGUGUGGUACGACCCGACUGAAGUGGAAGCGCCGCCACCAGCGAUCACAGACAAGCAGCUGGAUGAGAGAGAGCACACAGUGGACGAGUGGAAAGAGUUGAUAUACAAAGAAGUGUUGGACUGGGAGGAAAGGACAAAGAAUGGCAUCAUCAGGGGACAACCAGCCUCAAUAGCACAGGUGCAGCAGUGAGCAACAGCCUCCACCAGCACCACCCUUCUUCCUCCUCUGCCUCCACCUAUGACGUCUCCUCCGUGUCCUCUGACCUUGACUGACCCUGACUGACGCUGACGGCAGCCUGCAGAUGAUCAGCACCGCCGUCGCCGCGGCUGCUCUGGCUAAUGGCUCCUGCAGAUGACUAUCACCUCCUGGUCUUUGACAGGGCCACGCCCCCUCUCCCUGGUCAUCUCUGAGACCACCAGCUUGAUGCUGGCUUUGGCCCUGCCCCCUUUCUCCCUUCCCCACCACCCGUCUGUGCUUGUUUAGUGUAGUGAUUAGCCAGCUAGCUGUUUGAGAACUGUUUCAGAAAGGACAGAUUAUUAUUUUCCUUUUUUUAUGACAGUCAUAAUCCUUUAUUUUUCAAUUAGGAUUUUCUUUUGUUUGUUGGUUUUGUUUUAGUCCUAGCUGUAAUUUAUUGUGGCAUUUCUUUAUUUUUUUUCAGAAACCUAAGAUGACGAUGAUAAGAGAAUUUUUAUGAUUUUACUACGUUCCGGUUUGUAUUAACCGACAGUGAGAAUUUAAAGAAAUAUCUGUAAAAUGUUAAAUGUGAUCUAUUUUUCUUUUCAUUUGUUUCUUUUCUUUGCUUUUACAACUUGCCAUAUAAAUGUAGAUGGCGUUUGUACAGAUUUUAUGGUAGAUGUAGGUUUAUCUUCUCUAUGCGUUUGCAGUGAGCCAUUGAAACAUAAUUUAAUUGACAGAAGUAAGGUCGAAGUACCCCUUACCUUUUUUUUUAUUAUUUCACAUGAUAUGGAUAUUGUCUAAAAUGACACAUAUCCAUUUACUAGACCAGCUAAGGUCACUUAGAUUUAUUUUUUUAAAUGAUUUUCUUCUUGUGAGUCACUACUACAGCCUACAUUGUAAAUUUCAUCUUAAUGAAAUCUCUCUAAAUUCCUCUUUUUUCACUUCCCGCUCAAUCAGAAUUUUCUUAUUUACCAUUUGAUUAAUUUUUUUUACAAUCUACACUUGAGCUAUGGGAAUUGAAAAUGGCACAGCAAGAUAUACGUUAAAAUGUUUCGAUGACUGUCUUAUACUGUAUAUUUUUAAGUGCUUUAAAGUACCUCCUCUCUCGUCUGCCACAGGCAGUGCGAUGUUUUCUUAGAGACGUGGUGGUAUUGCUUUAGAGGACCGGAGCUCUGAAUCACGUUCUUCUCUGGUUUGCUUUUGACAGUGAGGUAUUGUUGUCGGUUUGGGACUUGGGAAUGUUUUUCGUCGCGCUUCGGGAGGUGCUUUUUUGUUGAGACAUAGAGUUGUGCGUUGGUUGUGAAAUCGGUGGCGGUGUCAAGUAGAAUGUGCUUCGGUUAAGUAGGGAAUCACGGUGUGGAGAACGAUUGUGAAGGUUUUUAUGAGGGGAUAGCGAUUAUGACGGAACAGUGUGGAAACCAUGUCCUUUUUACCAGAUCCUGUUAUUAGUAAUGUAACCUUUGUGAAUUUGAACAAGAACUGAAAUUGAUUUUCUUAUUUUUUUCUCUAAAAGCUGGCCAAACACUUAGCGUACUAGACUUUGUGUCAAACAGCAGCACAAACAAGCCGAGUAAAAAGAACCAUUAUUCUUACUGUAUGCAAUAAUAGUGCCCUUUUUACCUGUGUUUUUGAUUUAGAAUUGAAAGGAUAAAGUGCCUGUUGUUUGUCAUUCAUUCCUGAGUACAUGGGAGGAAGUGUAUUUGUUACUAUGUGUAGGUUAUUUUCGUGAUGUCUGGAAAACAGCUGUAGUCUCCAUAUCAAACCAGUGGUGUAUGAUGGGGUUGUAGUUCUCACAAAAUGUGUUGUAUAUUUUUCUACUUGUUUUGCUUUUGACCCUCGGACAGGAGACUGUGGAGUCUCGCUGGGUGUGUGAGAGAGACGACGUAUGCGGCGAGACGGCACGUGUUUGAGUCAUUUCUGUAGAAAAGGCAGUUUCGUCAAGGUCUUUCAUCAAAGUGAAAAAAAAAAGGGUUUCUUUGCAGUGACAGCAAACCAAAUUUCGAAUUUAGGUUUUUCAGCUUUUUUGUGAUGAGUGUAAGGGAGAGAAGUGAAUAGAAACGUUUUAACGUUCAUUGUGUUGUCAGUAUUUCGAUUAGAACUGAAAGGCUAAUUAAUGCUUUAACACAUUUCCUAGAGACGGAGCCAGACUACCAUAAAUCUUCUGGCUCUAACUGAUUUGUUCAUUAUCGACUGAAAGGUUUGCACGAGCCCCACAUCAGCUUAACUAUAUGUUGGCGAGUCGAUUUGUUGACCUUUGAAGAUCAUGAACACUGGUUCUUCAUGAAUUACACAAAGGAGUUGAUCGUAUUUAGAUUUUUGCUAAAGUAGUCUUGGUCCUUGAUAUGGACAUAAAAAAAGUGAAUGGAUGGAGGAAAUGGCUGCCAAAAAUGUCUCUUCCAUUGAUAGCUGGUCAAACUAUUCCCUUCCAGUCCAUUGUAAAUGUAAACUGAUUUUAUUCACAUGUACAUGUUGUAUACAUGUUUCAGAAUUACGGAGCUUUUAUGAAUAAGUGAGAAAUAUAGCAAAUAGUUGUAUUUUGUACCUUAUUUUAAAAAUGAUUUGCCUAAUACAGUAAGGUUGGAAAAUAUAUUCCGUAAUGUCAAUCUGGCAGAACUAGUGUAAGCGCUGACUUUUAUCUACACUGACAGUUACUAGCAAACUAGCUUUACAUUGAAGCUAGUUUUGUGGCGCAAACUAUUUUAAUUUUAUUGUGUCUUUGUAUCUGUGGUAAAAGAGCUCAGUGACCAGAAUGAGAAAUAAUGGAUUUGUAGCUGCUGAGCAUGGAGAGUUUGCUAGCAUGCUACAGUGUUAGCAGCCCCAGAGCCACGUUAGCACAAUGCGAUUUAGUUAAUUCACUCUUAUUCCCUCACUAUAGAGAAAGUGGGAAAAAAAUGUAAGUGUCCAUUAGUAAAGGCCUAGUAGUAUACUAACAAUUUCAGUGUCAAAUCGGUAAGAAAAGCAGUAAUAACAGGGAGAACAAUUGAUGUUUUUGACGUAUAUUAGCAUAUUUGUCAAACUAGCUUAAAGAGAGUCAAUCAAAAGAAAAAAACUUGGUUGAUUAAAGUGCUCUUAAUUUUGUUGCCCAACAUUAUGAGAGUUUUUAAUUGUUCCUCUUAUUUUUCCUUCUUUAAAUUGUUGUCGCUUUUUGUUUUAUAAUGAUAAUAAUAAUUAUUGUUAUUACUGCAUCUCUCCAAACAGCAUCAUUCUGAUUUGAGUCGGCUUUGAUGAACUACCUCACACUGAAUUUCUGCCACUUCUUCUUGCGUGUAUGUAGUCGCCUGCAGAACGAGCUAUCGAAGACGUGUGAAUAACAGAUUCCAUUAUUUAUUUAUUUUAAAGUGUACUAUUUGUCGGUUUCAACAGACUUCUAGUUUUGUACUUUAUGUAUACUUCACCUAGAAGUAAGAGAAUUGUUAUAUGUACUUUUUUUUUUGUUUUUUUUUUUUUUAAACUAAAUGUGCAAUACCUUCAGCAAACUGUGCUAGUAGUAUGUGAUUGGCCUAGCCUUUGUUAGCUGUCUCCUGAAGGUAAAGAAAAUGUUUGGUACUGUCAAUCCAUGUUUUCCUCUUCUUCUUUUUUUUUUUUCAAUGAAUAAGAUCAAUUUUUAUUUCUGUGACUUGUUUAUAGUCAUAAUACUACAUAAUCCGUCUCACCCUCCAAACAAAUCUGUAAACCCUGGGGUUUUCAUUCAGAGACGGAAGGUUCUUUGAGUCGCAACAACACGGUGGACAGAUUUUGAUUUGGCUCUUGGGUGAGCACAGUAAUGUUAAUAAACACAGAAAAAUAUACAAGAAAUCCUUAUAUGUAUGGUGCUGGUUUGUCAUGUUUGCUAGUGAGUCCAGCCAUGCAAGUAGUUUUAAGAAUUCCUGGAAUUGCGCGUCCCAAAAACGGCAACCAACGAA